AUGGCAAAACAAACACUCCUCUACUGUUCUCUAUUAGCCAUCUUCAUCUUCAUGGCUCCCUCUUCUUCAGCUCACCAGAAAACCCUAACCGUCGAGCUAAUCCACCGCGACUCUCCCCGUUCUCCACUUUUCAACCCUCUCCACAUCGUCUCCGACCGUCUCAACGCCGCUUUCCUCCGCUCAAUCUCCCGUUCCCAACAUUUCUCAACCAAAACCGAUAUCCUAUCCGGUUUAGUCGGAAACGAUGGCGAAUACUUCAUGGCCAUGUCAAUCGGUACUCCACCGCUUAAAGUCAUGGCCCUCGCCGAUACAGGAAGUGAUCUAACUUGGAUCCAAUGCAAACCAUGUCAACGAUGUUACGAACAAGACGGUCCAAUCUUCGACAGGAACCAGUCUUCGACGUACAAAACCGAACCAUGCGUUUCCAAAGCCUGCCAGGAGUUAUCCAUAUUCAAAGAUGGAUGCGACCAAUCUAGAAACAUCUGCAAAUACCAAUACUCUUAUGGAGGCGGAUCGUCCACCAAAGGAGACGUUGCAACCGAAACAUUAUCUAUUGGUUCUUCCUCUCUUUCUUUCCCCGGUACAAUCAUCGGUUGCAGUUACAACAACGUCGGUACGUUCGAACAAGCCGGAUCUGGAAUCAUCGGACUCGGAGGAGGUCCCUUGUCGUUAAUUUCCCAGCUCGGUUCUUCGAUAGGGAAGAAGUUCUCGUAUUGCUUGUCAUACCCGUCAUCUACAUCAAAUGGCACAAACGUCCUAAACUUAGGAACCAACUCGAUACCUUCUAACCCAAGCAAAGCAAUCACCGUCGGCAAAACCAAUCUUCCGUACACCGGAGGAGGAGGAAGAUCCGGUGUAAACGACGCUGGGAACAUCAUAGUCGAUUCCGGAACUACAUUUACGAUGAUCGAUUCCAGUUUUUACGACGAUUUUGUUACGGCGGUGGAGAAAUCAGCGACCGGAGUUAAACGUGUGAGUGAUCCACAGGGGCUAUUACCUUACUGUUUCAAAUCCGUAGACAAAACGGCCACUGUGCCGGAGAUAACAAUGCAUUUCAAGGAUGCAGACGUGAAGCUGAACUUAGGCAACGCGUACGUGAAAACGAGUGCAGAUACGGUGUGCUUGACUAUCGUUCCGGCAACUGGAGUCGCUAUCUAUGGGAAUAUGAUUCAGAUGGGUUUCCGUGUCGGGUUUAACUUGGAGACUAAAACGGUGUCAUUUCAGCCCAUGGAUUCGUGUCGGGUUUAA